AUGAGGUUGGGCGACCUCAGAAACAGUCGAGUGAUCACCGUCGUGAUAGUCUAUUUCAGCCUCUUCCUGGAUAAUGUCCUGUUGACGGUAGUUGUGCCGAUUAUUCCCGAUUAUCUGUGCACGCUCGACGCGAACACGACCGCGAACGCCGAGAAGGACGAAAACGGUCGAGUAGGAUUACUAUUGAGCUCGAAGGCUUUGGUUCAAUUAAUUUUAAAUCCUGCCGUGGGCACCCUCACCGGCACCUUGGGUUACGCUAGACCUUUAUUUCUGGGAAACCUGAGCCUCUUGCUGGCUGCUUUACUGUUCGCCUUUGGACAAACGUACGAGAUACUGUUCUUGGCUCGGAGUAUUCAAGGUAUUGCCUCGGCAUGUAUAGCGGUCUCCGGCAUGUCUCUGGUCGCCUCUCAGUAUUCCAAGGAGGACGAAAGAUCCAAGAUCAUGGGUUUCGUUCUCGGCAGCAUCGCUCUUGGCGUCCUCCUGGGUUAUCCAAUCGGCUCCGUACUUUACGAUCUCGAGGGCAAGAUGGCACCUUUUCUAUUAGUGUCUUGCUUCAUCGUCGUAAUAAUUUGUUUGCAAAUCUUGAUGUUGGACGUUCAAAUAACCGCCGAACCAAACGAGCAACAAAAUACGUGGAUGCACUUAUUAUCUAAUCCACAUAUCCUUAUCAUCUCCGGAGCUAUCUGGUGUUCGACAUCACCAAUGGCGAUACUAGAACCUUGUCUACCCAUCUGGCUUCGAACCCACAUAAGACCCAAGAAAUGGCAACUGGGCACAGUAUUCAUACCGGAUAGCGUGGGCUACUUAAUCGGGACCAACUUCUUUGGCGUGAUAGCGUAUCGUUACGGACGUAGUAAAGUGGCGAUUCUGGCUGUGUUUGUGGUCGGUGUUAGCGCCAUUCUCAUCCCGUCAGCCAACACAAUGUCGCAAUUGAUAUUCCCGCAUCUAGCAAUGGGUUUGGGCAUCGGCGUCGCUGAUGCAGCUCUCGUGCCGCUGCUGGCCAGUUUGGUGGAUCGAAAUGGCAAUUACGGACCCGUUUACUCGAUUCAACAAGUAGCUGUCAGUUUAGCUUACUCCUUAGGGCCCAUCGUAGGCAGCGAAAUGGUCAGAGCUAUCGGAUUCCCUUGGGUAAUGAGAGUUGUGGGCAUCGUGAACAUGGCUUACUGUCCAUUGCUGAUAUACCUCACGUUAGAACGGAGAAAAUUGUUGACUAAGAAAGAAGAAAAGAAGGACUACGAUACGUUCCCAAGAUCCAUCGCGACAUACGAAAGAUUUCACGAUUCCGACGACGAUCUUUGACAGUAAAUAAAACAUUAAGCAACAACGAUAAAUAAAUCAUUUAGCAACAAUCAUAUAUAUAAAAAAGCUUUGUAAACCUUUAUACACAUCAACGUUCUAUUCUUUGUAUUUCAAGAGAGAUAUUGCGUUUGUCGAUCAUCAACUAAUUAUCGUAAGCCAUUAUUUCCGUUUCAAUAGACAAUCGCGUAGCGUUAAAUAUCGUUAAAUCCCCUUUCAGACACUUCGGGCUAGCGUCUAGUAAUAUUAUUGUGUCCCUAAUUAAGCGCGCUAUGCACCGGGUCCUCGUUGUAACUGGUAAACCAAGUGAAUUAUUGAUGGAACAGCAUCCCCGGGACCAUCAUCCGUGGUAACGUUCCCCGGAUCGAAGAGCAGAAAUCCGCUGAAUUCGAGACACAGAGAAUACGACAAGAAACGCGCACUUCCGAUAAUGGAAAACGACGAUCGAUCGAUCGAACGAUACGACGUAACCCCCUGAAAGCUUAUUAAUGCACUCAAUCUACAGCGAAAUUCAUUUACGUUGCAUUAACGAUCUUGCCAUCUGCCACAGGCAUUGAGACCCCUCAUUAGUUUACGUAGAUCGCAAUAGUACUUCAUCAAAGCGCGUCUCACGAUCCGUUGAAUUCAAACGAAUGUAAGAAGAAUUCGA